ACACAUUAAAUUAAAAUUAACUAGGAUUGAUUUUUAUUUACAGGUUAAGUGUAAAUUAACUGGAAUUAAAUUACGGAAUGGUUUGCUUAAAUCUAAAGUACAACAGAUGAGGACUUUAUGUAAACAAAUUGACCAAUAUUACAUCACCUUCUUUCGUUUAAUGUGCUUUCAUGCAUGCAAUUUUUAAACGUGGAUGAUUCUAAAAAAUAAUGACCUCCUGGUAUUGGAUGACAUCUUUAAAAAGCAUACAUCUUUAUUAUAUAAGCUAUGUGUAUUAUCCUUUCAGUCUAGGUUCUGUUUGUAUGCUUGACUCCAAGUGAAGAGAAAAUGGCUGAUCGAACUAAUAUUAAAAUGGAAAAUAAGCCAUCAAAAAACAUUCCAGUCUCAAAAAUACCUACAUCAGGAAGAGAUAGUGGAACACAUUCACGUUCAUCCUCUGUUUCAAAUUUAACUACAGCUUCUGAAAUUCAGUCUGAAGCUGGAGAUAUAUCUGAUGGUACCUGUGAUUUCAAAAUUGAUGAUAGAGUGUGGGUCAAUGGCUCUAAACCUGGCUACAUCAAAUUUAUUGGAAAGACUCAGUUUGCUCCAGGUGUAUGGGCUGGAAUUCUCUUAGAUGAACCUGUAGGGAAAAAUGAUGGCUCUGUUGCUGGUGUGAAAUACUUCACUUGUGAACCACAAAGAGGCAUCUUUGCUCGACCCCAAAAACUAUCCAGAUGUCCUGGAAGUACCAUAGAAGGUGGUGAUCCAUCAUCAAUUAGAAGUGGUGUCACUAGAACUCUAAGUAAUUUAAGUUCAUUAAGUAGAACUCCUAUUGCUUCAAAUAUUUCUAGCACAACAAAAAGUGUUUGCUCUAAAUUACGAAUAGGAGAAAGAGUAGUUGUAAACUCUACAAGUGGCAUCAAGUCAGGAAUUUUGAGAUUUGUUGGUGAAACUGAAUUUGCUAAAGGUGACUGGGCUGGAAUUGAACUAGAUGAACCAGUUGGAAAAAAUGAUGGUUCUGUUGCUGGGAAAAGGUAUUUUUCUUGUGAAAUGAAAUAUGGAUUGUUUUCACCAUUGCACAAAGUAUCUCGAGCUGGUGGAACAGCUCCUCCAAGAUCUACUUCUGCUCGUGGUACUCCACUUAUGAGGACUGCAAGUAAGGAUUCAUUAAAUAGCUCUGUAAGCAACUGCUCUCGCACAAGCAGAGUAAAGUUAGGUGUAACGUCACUAACUAACAGCCAGAAAAUUAAAAGUCCUGGCAUGGGGAUUAUGACGAAUAAUCGAGCGUUGGAGGAAGCUUUAAAAGAAGCAAACCAGCACAUUGAGCAGCUUCUGAAAGAACGUGAUCUCGAACGAGCAGAAGUUGCAAGAUUAGCUAGUCAUUAUAAAGAGGUUGAAGCUAAAUCGUUAGAUUUGAAGAAAGAGCAAUUAGAAGCAAGUCAUGCUCGAAAAAUUCUCGAAGAUGAACUGGCUUGUCAGAAAAGGAAACUUGAAGAUUUACAAUUUCAGUUUGAAGAAGAAACAAUUGCUAAAGGUGAAUUAGAGAUGCAGCUGCAACAAAAAAAUCUGCUUGUGGAACGUAUUGAAAAAUUUGCUUCUGAAAAUUUGGGCAAUAAAUUUAUAAAUAUUAAAGAGAUUAUUGAAAAUCGUGAAAAUUUAAGUCCAGUGAAAGAGGAACAAGAGAAUGCAGUUCAUGUUGAAAGCUUAAAAAAAAUUGAAGAAUUGCAAAAAGCUGUACAUAAUCUGCAAGAAGAAAAAGAGAAAAUUUCCGUUGAUGUUAUUCAGUUACAAAGUAAGUUAAAUGACUAUGAAAAGAUUAAAGCUGACCUGGUGAUUUUUAACAACGCUUUACAAGAAAAAGAAGAUGUAAUUUCAAAUUUAAAAAAUGAGUUAAGUAUUCAACUUGAAAAAGUUACACAGCUAACUGAUGAUAAUCAAAAUCUGAAUAAGCAGAUUGCUAUGCAAGCUGAGCAAGCAAAGGGGGAAGCAGCUGAUAUAAUUACAAAUCUUGGUGAGCAAAUUAAAUCACUAAAUGAAGAACUAAAAACUAAAUCCAGUCUAAUCAAAGAUAAAGAAACGAUUAUUCAAGACAAGGACACAGAAAUUUAUAACCUGAAGCAAAAUUUAGAAAGUCAAAUUCAAGCCAUAACUGAACUUGAAAAUCAGAGAAGUGAAUUAAACCAAGUAUUAAACCAGAAAGUUUUAGAGUUAACUCAAAACGUAGCUGUGCAAAAGGCUUUAGAAGAUGAAAUUUCUAGAUUUAAAUCUGAAAUUGAGUCUGAAAAUCUUCAAAAAGAAAAGCAAAUUAAGUUACUAAGUGAAGAAGCUAAAUACUAAAUCCAAUCAAAUCAAAGAUAUAGAAAGUGUUGUUCAGGAGAAGAAUUCAGAAAUUUUUAAUAUACAACAAAGCUUAGAAAGCCAUUCUCAGACCAUAAAUGAACUUGAAAAUCAGAAAAAUGUCUUAAAUAAAGCACUUAGUCAAAGAGAUUCUGAAUUGGCAGAAAGUUUAGCUACAAGAAAGUGUUUAGAGGAUGAUAUUGCUCUGCUUAAAUCUCAGGUUGAAUCUGAAGGCUUUCAAAAGGAAGAG